AUGAAUUGUGAUGGUGCGACUGACUAUUGUAAAAGUAUUGGUAUGGAAUUGGCUAAGAUAGAUAAUAUCGGACUGCAAAAAUCAGCAGAACAAUAUCUCAUCAGCCAGCAAAUAACUGGCACAGUAUGGAUGUCGUUAACGUGUCACAGUCUUCCAUGUCAAUGGGGUGAUGGAGACUUACUUGAUUGGGCAAAUUGGGAAAAGGUUGAUGAACCGAUGUAUGAAUGUGUUGUUUUCUACGAACUGUAUGCCUUUGCUUGGCUAUCACGAAAGUGCUUGGAUAACUACAUUUCAUUGUGCAUAGCUCCCGCUCAACCUUCAUUUAGCCUUCUCUCCGGAUUAUACAACUUCUAUGAAGCCUCAAGAGAAUGUCAGGCCAUAGGAGGACAACUAGCAGUGUUAAACAAUCCUGUGGCAAUGAACCGUGUUAUGGAUGAGCUAUAUGGCAUGACUAUAACAAACGACAUAUGGAUUGGAUUAUAUGGUAACGGAACCAACUUUGUCUGGCAAAACAUGGCUGAGGGAGUGUCUUACGCCAACUGGAAUACCACUGCACCACAAACUGAUAAUGGAACAGCAGUUGUACCGCAAACUUAUACUGGGGUAGCAGUUGUAAUGACUCAAUCGGACUUAACAUGGCGAGAACGACAGAUGACAGAUCGAACAGGCCAUGCUUUAUGUCAAGGUUUGCUAUUAUAG